AAGGCCCUGUCACGGUUGGACAGCACAUGGUAAACCAACUUAGGUCACUAAGCACCCAGACAAUUACUUUGCAGUCACACUUUCAUACAUAUCGUUUAGUAACACUGUUACCAAAUAUACCACAUUACUUCAGUUUAGUUUAGUCAGUCCAGUUUAUUUAUUUCAGUCAUUUCUGAUUUACAACAAACCAUGUUACUUAACCAUUACCUCAACCUCAUUCUCCUCUCCAGUCCCUGGGUCUGAACCAGAGCUGAAGCAAAGUGCUGCCUCAUAUAGGGCCUACAGCAAUCACACACAGGUGUGCUGAGGGUGGGAGAAACCAUGUGUCUGGGUCAUAGGUGAGAUAAAUGUUCUAGUUGGAAAUGUGUGUAAGUUUUGAUGUCUUUCAAAGUGAGAUAAGUGAUUUGUUGAAUAAUCAGUUAUUUGGGUAUUUGUUUAUUGUAGAAACUAGCAGUGACAUUCUCGAUUCAUGUACAUGGUAACGUAUUGGAAAGGUAAUUGAGGCAAUUAAGAGUUGGUAGCUCUAGUGGGAGGGGCUUAACACAUAUAAGCCUCUCGCCACUUAAGCGUGGGGGGAGUCUGAGGGUGGCUACAAUCCAGACAGGUGAUGGGAGCUUUGCUAGUGUAUAAAAAAAGAUAUAUUUCUUUUGUUUCUUAUGGGUUUUUGCCGUGGACGUCCUGCAUUGUUUCACCAUUUUUUUUGUAAAUAAAAGCACUUUCAUGUCUUGCAACUUAAGCCAUCGUGUUAGCGACUUUUUUUGUCCGGAUUCCCAACGCUCUCCGUAACAUAUGGUGUCAGAAGUGGGAUGGCCAGUCGCAAAACCGACCGUGCUUUUAAAAAACGACCGGGAUUAAGGUCACAAUGGACGAAGCCUGAGAUGGAGCAGGAAGAUGACUGGGAGACAGCAGUGACGUCAGAGGAAGAACUGCCUGGUUUUGAGUCACAAAGGGCAAAACCAAAAACUAGGCGGCUGAAGUCCGGGCAAGAGCUGGAAGGGAGUCCCUCGAACACUGAAGUAAUACAUCUUUUCAGGGAAUUUUUAGCCGCUCAGCAGAGGAGGGAUGAUAUCCUCCAGGAGGAGCUUCGAGGCCUACGGGGCUCACUGGAGGCUUCCCGUUUACCUGUUUUACAGACAUCCCCAGUCGGGCCUUCCGCCGCAACAGAGGGUGGGAGCCCUAGCCCUAGACUGGAACUUCCAACUCCGCGCCCCAGAAGGGAAGGCCCACCAGACAAUACUGCCUUUGGGCAAUCAUUGACUUCUUCCCCAAGCAGGCUGGGUAAUCCUGCUGUGGGUCCAUCAGCAGUCCAGCGUAAGGAGCCUAAGAUGCCAGUGUAUCAACAUGGUGAGGACAUUGAAAAUUACCUUUUACGUUUUGAACGUAUGGCAAGAACAUGGCAGUGGCCAAAGGAGGAGUGGGCCUAUAGAUUAAUCCCCCUGUUGACCGGGAAAGCCCUGGAGGCCUACACAGCCAUGGAUGAAGAUCGUUCCAACUGCUACCCAGACCUGAGGGAGGCACUGUUGGUCAAAUUUGACAUCUCCCCCGAAACCUAUCGACAACGGUUCCGAGCAACGUCAACACCACCUGGGGAGACACCGACUGAGACAUACCAUCGACUGAGAGGCCUCUACCGUCGCUGGGUGAGGCCUGAACGAAAGAAUAAGGACCAGUUAGGAGAGACCAUCAUUCUGGAGCAGCUCCUGCAGGUGUUUCCUCCAGACAUCAGGAUGUGGGUGAGGGAGCAUGAACCGGAAGAUGGUCUGACGGCAGCAAAAUUGGCCCUAAAGUUCCUGAAUGCUCGGAGGGGAGCCACAUCACGUCCAACACGAGGGGAUACCAGGGAGAACAUCGGCCAUCGAGACAACUUUGAAGGAAACUCCUGCCUCGUGAAACCCGGUACUCCACAAUUGAGAAGGAGUGUCUGGCAAUCAAGUGGGCAUUGGACAGCCUCAGAUACUACCUUCUUGGGCGGGAGUUUGACCUCCAAACAGACCACAGAGCCCUGACCUGGAUCCAGACAAUGAAGGACCGCAAUGCCAGGGUGACAAGGUGGUACCUGGAACUGCAACCUUUCAAAUUCUUUGUGCGGCACAAGGCAGGCAAGGAAAACAUCACAGCAGACUACCUGUCUAGACUGCCAAACAUCCUUGCUGCAGGAGAGGAGGGUGGUAAUGUGACAAAGGCCCUGUCACGGUUGGACAGCACAUGGUAAACCAACUUAGGUCACUAAGCACCCAGACAAUUACUUUGCAGUCACACUUUCAUACAUAUCGUUUAGUAACACUGUUACCAAAUAUACCACAUUACUUCAGUUUAGUUUAGUCAGUCCAGUUUAUUUAUUUCAGUCAUUUCUGAUUUACAACAAACCAUGUUACUUAACCAUUACCUCAACCUCAUUCUCCUCUCCAGUCCCUGGGUCUGAACCAGAGCUGAAGCAAAGUGCUGCCUCAUAUAGGGCCUACAGCAAUCACACACAGGUGUGCUGAGGGUGGGAGAAACCAUGUGUCUGGGUCAUAGGUGAGAUAAAUGUUCUAGUUGGAAAUGUGUGUAAGUUUUGAUGUCUUUCAAAGUGAGAUAAGUGAUUUGUUGAAUAAUCAGUUAUUUGGGUAUUUGUUUAUUGUAGAAACUAGCAGUGACAUUCUCGAUUCAUGUACAUGGUAACGUAUUGGAAAGGUAAUUGAGGCAAUUAAGAGUUGGUAGCUCUAGUGGGAGGGGCUUAACACAUAUAAGCCUCUCGCCACUUAAGCGUGGGGGGAGUCUGAGGGUGGCUACAAUCCAGACAGGUGAUGGGAGCUUUGCUAGUGUAUAAAAAAAGAUAUAUUUCUUUUGUUUCUUAUGGGUUUUUGCCGUGGACGUCCUGCAUUGUUUCACCAUUUUUUUUGUAAAUAAAAGCACUUUCAUGUCUUGCAACUUAA